CUGGUAAAUAAGGAAAUGUUCUGGGUUGUGACUGAGAUCUGCAGUGAAACUAAUCUAGUCAAACGAACAAAGUUGUUGAAGCAUUUUAUCAAAAUAUCCAAGCACUGUAAAGAUUGCAAGAACUUCAACUCCAUGUUUGCUAUUCUGAGUGGCUUGGGUCAUGGGUCUGUGUCCCGCUUGAAGUCGACCUGGGAGAAGCUACCCACUAAAUACUUGAAGCUGUUUGAGGAUCUACAAUUGUUGAUGGAUCCUUCUCGUAACAUGGCCAAGUAUCGUAAUCUCAUCAACAGUGAGCAUGUACAGCCGCCAUAUAUUCCAUUUUUUCCUAUAUUUAAGAAAGAUCUCACAUUCAUUCAUCUUGGAAAUGAUUCAUAUGUGGAUGGAUUGAUCAACUUUGAGAAGCUUCGUAUGAUUGCCAAGGAGGUCAGGCACAUCUGCAACAUGUGCUCUGUCAAAUAUGAUUCCAGCAGCAUGUUUCUCAGUGCAGACAGCAGUCAUCAGAGUUCCCUGGUCUCCGGCAUGGCCACACUUAAGCGAACAAAGAACAGAAGAAGUUCUGCUUUACCAAAUGCCAAGAAGAUGUAUGAAGAGGCUCUGAUGAUGCGUCGAGUGAGAUCCUAUCUUAGCAAUAUACCCUGUAUCACAGAUGAGGACAAGAUUACAGAACUGUCCAACCAGUGUGAAGCCCCAAUCAAAAAACGAGAACAAUCUCCUAGUGUCAGCAGCUCCCCCAACAUGGAGGAGAAGAGAGCAACAAGUUCUGUGGGACCCAAGUUUGGUGCAGAAUCUCCUGGCGCAGUGCGGAAAUUAAUGGCGCUCUCAGACAAAGUGAAACCGCAUAACCCUAAAAUUCCAGUGGGCAAGGUCGUAAGUCCUGUCACAAACCACAGGGUGAUGGGCCCCACCUCACCCAGAACAGGCCCUGCGAGGUCAUUCCCUGUCAAUUUGACACCAGAGAGCUCAUGUUUGGGUCCUGGGCCAAGGAAGCAGCCAGUGAGAACGGGUUCCUUGGGAUCCAAUGAUUCCCAGAGCUCCACAGGCAGCAUCAGAGGUUUCAGAAGUCAGUAUUCUUCAGAAAAUGAUUCAGGCCACGGUAGUAUUGGCUCGAAUGUAUCGCCACCUCCACACCGCAGAUUGACAGCCCCUGCAGGUCCUGUCUAUUGUCCUGCUCCAGCUCAGCUUGCACAAAUUCGUUCUCCUCUACCUUCCUACAACACGGUCAGACAGGGCACAUCCAUGACAACAACCUUUGCGCCCAGCCAUUCACCAACCACCGGUCUCCCUACAGGGCGACGACCUCCACUCCCUGAUUACGAGUCAGCCACAACAAUGGCUCAGAUGGUGAGACGCCAGCAGCAGCACCACCACCACCAACACCAUCAACAUAGAUCCUACUCUCAUGAUAGCAGUGUCUUCACAGGAGGAGUUCAUUCACCGGGUGCAGACCGAAGUUAUGAUAUCCCUCCCGUGGAGGGAACUGAUGAAGAACAAGUAUCGGCAGUGUAG